AUGUUAGCCUGGGCUAAUUCUUCUUGCGUCAAUCUCACAACUUCACAGAUAAUUGUGUACGCUGGAACGAAUAGUGGAUCUCACACAUAUGGACAGGAUCCAUCAGAUGUUGAGUUUGAUAAUGGUGAUGAAUUGGGUGUUUCAGUGCAUGCAUAUGUGCCAGGCAUUCAAAUAAGAACGGUUGGAGUACGGAUUAUGUAUGAAGGGGAAGGAAAUAAUCACAAUAUACAAUCAAACAAUGAAGUGGUCACAGCCUACAGCAGCCCAGCAAACAAUGAAGUCGUCAUAGCCCACAACUGGAGCUCCUCUUGGGACAAUCAAGCAGUCGGUGAUGGACAUGUUGCAAAAGCAGAAAUAGCUUCUCCAGUUUUCAGAACUUAUUAUUGUAAUGCCAGUUCUAAUGAGUCAAUGUAUAGUUGCGCAUUUUAG